AUCUCAUUUUUUCAGGCUUCAGUGCCACACAGCAGUGAUAGAUAGCUGUCGCCGGUCAGGACUGGUGGAAGGCUAUCUGGGAAAUAAUCUGCGUUAAGCUGCUUUAUCUCCGCCUAGCCGAACCUGAACCGGGGCAGACUGCUGCGCCACCGGUUCACUUGCAGACCACACCACACGUGGAAAGAAGAAAUAAUACAAUGUCAGUGUGCCAAGUUGGAUAAUUCUUCAGUUUGUGGAGGACAAGUGGGAAGGAAAAAGGCUCCACCAGGAGCAGAACUUGCUGCAGACCACAACACAAGUGCGCACAAGGAGUCGAACAACGGUGGGAAACUGGCAACGGUGGUCUGGGCAUGGAACAUAUUACACUUUGGAUAUUCUUGAUAACUACUUACGUUGUGCCAGAUGCCGUCUGAUGUUUACUGGACUGCAGUCGGCACCAGUAACAACCUUCAUUUGGGCCGAGGAUCGUCUUGCUGGACAGCCAAUUGGAUCCUCCGGAUCAGGGAGGGAAUGGCCAAACUGUUGAGAUGGAUGAUGGGAAAUCAGGGUACCUGGGAUCCAAGGUGGAUCUCCGCUGUCGGUUCAUCAACAGUUCUCCACCUGUCAAAAUCUCACAGGUGACAUGGCAGAAACUGGUGAACGGCACCAAGCAGAACGUGGCCAUCGCCAACCCCUCUCUCGGGGUGUCCGUGGCCCCGCCCUACAAAGACCGUGUUACCUUCAAGAACGGCGCGGUGAGGCGUCGCAUCCCGAGUCUUGAAGACACCACCAUCACCUUCUCCUCGCUGCGCCUGUCCGACGAGGCCUCCUACAUCUGUGAAUACACCACCUUCCCUGCGGGCAACAGAGAGAACACAGUCAACCUGACAGUCUACGUUCGUCCCACCACACAGAUGACUCUGUCUACGCCCACUUUGGUGGCUCGUGCGUCCAACCUGAAGACGCCAGUGGCUACCUGCAUCUCUGCCAACGGAAAACCACCUGGCGUCAUCAGGUGGGAGACACGGGUGCCGGGUGAAGUGAGCACCCGUGAGUACAAAAACUCAGACGGGACAUUCACUAUUCAGAGCGACUACAUUCUGGUGCCCAGCAGAGAAACACACAAGGAGACGCUCACUUGUGUCACCUCCUACAACGAUGAGGUGUUCACUGACAGCGUCACCCUGGAUAUUCAAUAUGAGCCAGAUGUUCUAGUGGAUGGCUACGAUGGAAACUGGUACCUGAACAGAGAGAACGUCCAGCUGAGCUGCCAAGCCGACGCCAACCCGGCCGUCUCUCUCUACCAGUGGAGGCUGAUCAACGGCUCCAUCCCGAGCAACGCCGAGACCCGCGAUAACAUCCUCAUCUUUAAAGGACCGGUCACAUAUGACCUGCAGGGGACUUAUGUGUGCGAUGCCACCAACAGCAUCGGGACCAGGUCAGGCUUUGUGGAGGUCAGCGUUAUAGAGAGGCCUCUACCGCAGAUAGCGACUGGUGAUGUCAUCAGUGUCGUGGCCCUGUUGCUGGCGGCAGGAGUGUUGAUGGGAAUAACCAUCACGGUGCUGGUACUCAAGAUCAGGAGCAGGAAAGAUGAUAGCUCAGACGACUCUCCAUCAAGAAAACUGUCCCAGGCAAUACGGAAAAGACCUGCAGAAGAUAUUCAGCAUUCCGGUCGUUUCUAUGAGGAGCUUCCAAACACAGCGGACUACGUGAGCUACAGACUAGCGUGUAACAAAGAGGACUACCCGGAGCCCUACUCGCCCCCCAUCAACCCCCCUCUGUCCUUUCUGCCCCAGCACCCUUACCACUCCCCACAAGCCACCACGGGAACCAGCAUCAGCAGCACCAACACAUCCAAAAACACUUGCUCGCCACACUCACACACCUCUGCCAUCUUUAAGUACCCGUCAGUACCAGGCCUGACCUCUCCUCCCCCUGGGGUGGGGGCGUACACUUUCCCUAAAGAGCAGUACGUCUAAAGGAGCCAUGCUGUCUGUUGCACACAACACAGCUCAGGGGAAACUUUUUCCAAGAGGAGUAAGGCGGCUCACUAUGGAACACUUUCUUUUUUUUUUUGGACCGUCUGCACCACUUUCACAGGACAAUGCAGCUUCUGGACUUUUAAAGCACAUUUUCACCCCCCGUGUCCCGUGUUUUAUUUUAUUUUUUUAAAAAGGGACUAUUCUCAGCCUAAAUUAUUGUAGGUUAUCCAUCAUAAACGGUGAAUUAAUGGUAUUGUUUUGUAAGAAAAAAAUGAUUAUAUUCAAUAAUUUAUGUGUAGUAAUCCUGCACCCAUAUUACUCAUCAUACUUUUUUGUCCUCAUGUAUUGUGUUUGUAUUUUGACAAGACAUUUUUAUUUACUGGUGAUUUUUUUGUUGUUGAAAUUUAUAUGAAAAAAAUCUUGUGGUAUUUGUUGACACUGGUUGUUGGAUGAACUUUGAAU